CUUCUUAUUAUUAAUAGGAUGCCGACGAACUUUUUGACGACAUAGAUAUCACCAUUUUUAUACAAUAUUAUAAUCAGUAUUCACAUAAAUCGGCAUUGCAUAUUCGAUGAAAGUAAGAACAGGAAAAAAAACAUCAUCAUCAAGAAUUAUUAAAUUGUUACUGUAUAGCUGUGUAUAAAACAUUCAUUCAUACUGUGUAAAUGUGGUAGAAGAAACAGUAUAUGGCCAUUGAAAUCUAGGUCAAAAUAUAAAAAUACAUCAAAAGCAUCAGAAUUGAUCAUCAAUUAUCAAUUAGAAUAAAAGAUACAUUACGCCGUUAAUAAUAAUAAUGAUCCAACCACAACAACAGCAACGACCAGAAUCGGUUACCACCAUUGAUGAUAUUUUGGUUAAAUAUUUAGGCCACAUUGGUACAUAUCAAUGGCAGGUAUAUAUACUGGCAUCAUUACCAAUGUUUAUUGCCGGUAUUUUAUGUCCAGCAAUGGUAUUCACAACAAGCAUCCCACAACAUCGAUGUAUGAUUCCAAAUUGCGAUUCCUCAAAUACGUUGAUUACAAAUGAAAAAUCUGAAUCAUUCAAUCAAUCUUUUUUAAAAUUUACAAUACCUUUAAUUAUGGAUGAAGUAUCAGCAGAUAAUCGUUAUGAUAACUGCCAUCAAUAUGGCCAAAAAUUCAAAUCAUCAAACGAAUCAUGUAGCCAAUUUUUAUUCGACAAUGAAACGAUAGAAAUCUGCUCCAGUUUUGUAUUUGAUCAACAAUAUUUUGAAUCAACAAUUGUUACGGAUUUUCAACUUUAUUGUCAUCGUGAAUGGAUUGUACAAUUAUUACAGGUUUUAUAUUUUUUCGGAAAUUUAAUCGGUGCUGUUUUCAAUGGAAUUCUUGCCGAUAAAUAUGGUAGACGAUUCAUAUUCAAGAUUUAUAGCCCACUUUUGGUCAUCUGUAUACUGAUGAGUUCUUGGACACCCAAUGUUUGGCUUUAUGGUUUUGGAUUGUUCAUAAAAGGAACAUGUGUUGCUGGCAUUUUUCAAUCAGCAUUUGCCAUCGCAAUGGAAUGUUUGGGUGGUAAUUGGAGAUUUUGGCUUGGUAAUUUGUCUAGUUUAUCAUUCGCAUUGGGUGCUAUUUAUGCUUGCAUUUGUUCUUGGUGGUUUCGUAAUUGGCGUAUGAUUGAAUAUUCCAAUCUAUUACCCGCUCUAAUCAUGUUACCAUAUCCAUUUAUAAUGCCCGAAUCGAUACGAUGGCAAUAUUCAUCGGGACAGCAUACAAAAGCUAUGGAUCGUAUAAUGGCUGCAGCGAAAAAGAAUCAAAGUAAAAUACUAUCAUCAUCGGGUGAUAAUAAGAUGAUUGAUGUUUUUAUGGCUCAACAAAACAGUAAUGCAAGCGGUGAAGAAAAAUGUUCAAUCAUAGAUCUAUUUAAACAUCGUCUGAUUCGAUUAUGGACAAUAGCAUUUCUAUUCAUUUGGUUCACCAAUGCAUUGGUUUAUUUUGGUCUUUCAUUUCUUGCUCAUGAUAUUCAUUCAAAUAUUUAUCUAUCGAUGAUAUUGUUAAUGAUAAUUGAAUUUCCGGGCAUCAUAAUUGGUAUAUAUGUUGGCAAUAUUACCAGAAAAUAUUAUCUUAUUGGUAUAUUAAUAUUUGGUGGUAUGUGCUGUAUGAUUGCUUCAUAUGCUGAAACAGGUGGAUGGAUAAAAAUGACUAUGGCAAUUAUGGGCAAAAUGAGCAUUUCCGGAUCAUUUGCAUUGAUUUUUGUUUAUACGGCCGAAAUAUUUCCGACACCAUCACGUACAACUGGUAUAGGUAUUUGUUCAUUUGCUGCACGAUUGGCCGCAAUGAUAGCACCAUAUCUUUUACGUUUGAAUAAGUAUGGUGAAUCGAUUCCAUUUUUGGUUAUUGGUUUACUCACAAUGACAUCCGGUUUGGUCACCAUAGUAUUGCCUGAAACGAAAGGUAAAAAAUUACCAGAUUCAAUGGCUGAUGUGGAAUGUUUUUAAUGUAUUGAUUAGUGAUUG